AGCAUUCUCCAUAGUAUGUCUCUUAGUCUCCCAUCAUUCAUAGAGGUUUCCAAACCGUCCGUGGAUCGUCCGUUUGGUGUCCAUCUCUGGCCGAUUUUCUCUGCUUUAUUCGAGAAAAUCGUUGGAUACUCGGCAGAUGAUUUCGAAUUCAUUCAUCAUCAUACUUUUAUGGCUAAUGGUUACCAUGCAAUUGGAGUCAUUAUUGUCUAUUAUAUUGUCAUUUUUGGUGGUAGAGCCUUGUCCGACAAGUUACAAUUGGCUCCUUUGAAAUUAAACUUCUUGUUCCAAUUACAUAACCUUGUACUUACGGUUGUUUCUCUUGGAUUAUUACUUUUGUGUAUUGAACAAAUUUUACCAAUGCUUAUUAAACAUGGAUUAUUUUAUGCAAUUUGUCACAAAGAUUCCUUUGCUCCAAAAUUGGUAACUUUAUAUUAUUUGAAUUAUCUUACCAAAUAUUUGGAAUUAUUGGACACGGUGUUUUUAGUAUUGAAAAAGAAAAAAUUGUUAUUUUUACAUACUUAUCAUCAUGGAGCCACUGCCUUAUUAUGUUACACUCAAUUGACAGGAAGUACUUCGGUUGAAUGGGUUCCAAUUACUUUGAAUUUGGCAGUACAUGUAGUGAUGUAUUGGUAUUAUUUCUUGAGUGCUCGUGGUAUUAGAGUUUGGUGGAAAGAAUGGGUCACUCGUUUCCAAAUCAUUCAAUUUUUGAUUGAUUUAGUGUUUGUUUAUUUUGCCACUUAUACUCAUUAUGCUCAUGCUUAUUUCCCCUCUUUGCCACAUAUUGGUGAUUGUCAUGGAAGUGAAUUAGCUGCUGCUUAUGGAUAUUUGAUUUUGACCAGUUAUUUGGUAUUAUUCAUUAGUUUCUACAUUAGAGUUUACAAAAAGAGUGCCAAGAAGGCUGCCAAGGUUUCUUCUGAACCAGUUGUUACUUCACCAAAGGUCAAGUCCAAGGGUAAGACCAGUGGAGUUGAAGGUAAUGUCACCAAGGCCAAGAGUAGAAAGGCUUAG